GGCGGAUUUACAAUGUCAAAUAAAAAAGCAGGGAUGAACGCCAUGUCUGAUCCCGCUGUUGAGGGGUAGAGAGAGCGAAUACAGCGGGCGGACUUCGAGUAUUCGAGUCGGUGCGCGGAAGCAGGCUCGAUGUCGGAGAGCGCGGGGAUUCCUCAGGGCUCCCCGGCGGUGGGUGCAGCGGGCUCGGCUGCGGCUGCGCCAGGUGUCGGUGGAACCGAGUGUUCGGGCGCUGCUGUCGGUUCUGCACGUAUCGCCGUCAAGAAGGCGCAGCUCCGCUCCUCCCCGCGUCCGAAGAAACUGGAGAAACUCGGUGUAUAUUCCUCGUGCAAGGCUGAAGGAGCUUGUAAGUGUAAUGGCUGGAAGAGUCAAAACCCACCUCCAACUCCGCCCCCUCCAACCCCGCCCAGAGCUGAGCAGCCAAUUGCAGUUAACUUAAAGGAGCCCUGCAGAAGCUGCAGUCACGCCCUCGGUGACCAUGUGACACACCUGGAGAAUGUGUCAGAGGAGGAGAUGAACAGACUGCUUGGAAUUGUGCUGGAUGUGGAGUACUUGUACACGUGUGUCCAUAAAGAAGAGGAUCCCGACACUAAACAAGUUUACUUUUCUCUCUUCAAAUUGCUUCGGAAAUGCAUCCUGCAGAUGGGAAGGCCUGUGGUAGAAGCUCUGGAAAGCCCACCUUUUGAAAAACCAAGCAUUGAACAGGGUGUGAACAACUUUGUGCAGUACAAGUUUAGCCACCUACCAUCAAAAGAGAGGCAAACCAUUGUGGAGCUUGCAAAGAUGUUCCUCAACCAGAUCAACUACUGGCAGCUAGAGACGCCCUCACAAAGGAGGCAAAGAGCACCUGAUGAUGAUGUGGCUGGUUAUAAAGUCAAUUACACCAGGUGGCUGUGUUAUUGUAAUGUGCCCCAGUUCUGUGACAGUCUCCCUCGGUACGAGGCCACACAGAUUUUCGGCCGCACUUUCCUGCGCUCUGUGUUCACUGUUAUGAGGAAGCAGCUGCUGGAACAGGCCCGGCAGGAGAAAGACAAACUACCACCUGAGAAACGCACACUCAUUCUUACACAUUUUCCCAAGUUUUUGUCUAUGCUGGAAGAAGAGGUUUAUAGUCAUAAUUCACCCAUCUGGAGUGAAGACUUUAUGGUUCGUUUAUCAGGUGGACAGAUUUCCACAGUGAUCAGUGCUCCACCCGUGACCCGCCCCCUGUACUACAGCAGUAGUCCCGCCCCAGUGGAGCUGGUUGGAGGAGGCAGUGUAAGCCCGGCCCGGAAAACAGGAUCCGCUUUGGAGCCCAAUUCAGGUGGAGAAAAGCGAAAGUCUUCUGAGCCGUUGUCUCACGAGGACAGCAAACGACCCCGUGUGGUUGGUGACAUUCCUCUGGAAUUAAUUAAUGAAGUCAUGUCUACAAUUACAGACCCUACAGCCAUGCUGGGUCCAGAGACUAGUCUUCUCUCUGCUCAUUCUGCACGUGAUGAAGCUGCUCGAUUAGAGGAGAAGCGUGGCGUCAUCGAGUUCCAUGUCAUUGGAAACUCCCUCAACCAGAAGCCCAAUAAGAAGAUCCUCAUGUGGCUUGUUGGUCUGCAGAACGUCUUCUCACACCAGCUGCCCCGCAUGCCUAAAGAAUACAUCACACGCCUCGUCUUUGACCCGAAACACAAGACUCUGUCUCUGAUUAAAGAUGGCCGUGUUAUUGGGGGAAUCUGUUUCCGGAUGUUUCCAACUCAGGGCUUCACUGAAAUUGUGUUCUGUGCCGUCACCUCCAAUGAACAAGUCAAGGGUUAUGGGACUCACCUCAUGAACCAUCUGAAGGAGUAUCACAUCAAGCACGAAAUUCUCAACUUUCUCACUUACGCUGAUGAAUACGCCAUUGGCUACUUUAAAAAACAGGGAUUCUCUAAGGACAUUAAAGUGCCGAAGUCAAAGUAUGUGGGCUACAUUAAAGAUUACGAGGGGGCCACACUCAUGGGCUGUGAACUGAACCCCUGCAUCCCUUACACUGAGUUCUCGGUCAUCAUCAAGAAACAGAAAGAGAUCAUUAAGAAGCUUAUAGAGCGCAAGCAAGCACAGAUUCGGAAAGUCUACCCUGGCCUGUCCUGUUUUAAGGAGGGAGUUCGUCAGAUUGCCAUUGAGAGCAUUCCAGGAAUCCGUGAGACGGGCUGGAAGCCUGUAGGGAAGAGCAAAGAGCUGAAGGAUCCAGACCAGUUGUACAGCACCUUAAAGAACAUCUUACAGCAGGUCAAGUCACACCAGAAUGCAUGGCCCUUCAUGGAACCUGUAAAGAAGAAUGAGGCACCUGGCUAUUAUCAAGUCAUCCGCUUCCCUAUGGACUUGAAGACAAUGAGCGAGCGUCUGAAGAGUCGUUACUAUACCACACGGAAGCUGUUCAUGGCUGACAUGCAGAGGAUCUUCACUAACUGCAGAGAGUACAACCCUCCUGAAAGCGAGUACUACAAAUGUGCCAACCUACUAGAGAAAUUCUUCUACACCAAGAUCAAAGAGGCAGGCCUCAUCGAUAAGUAAUCCAGCUAGGGGGAGCACGUGGUCCGUUUCCCUUUCUACCUCUUUUCUCCACAUUUAUCAUAUAUAGAACUCCUUUUAAUCCCCAUUGUUUUUGCAUCAAAAGUAGGGUUUUCUGAAAUUAAAACAUUUACAUGUAUAGUUCAUUCAAAAAUUCUAAUUUGAUGAAAAUGUAACCUCAGGCCAGCCAAGAUUGCAAUUUAGCAUUUUAUCACUUGCUCACCAGAGGAUCCUCAACAGUGAAUGGGUGCCGUCAGAAUGAGAGUCAAAAAUCUGUUAAAAGCAUCACAAGUAAUCCAUACGAUUCCAGUUUAACAUCUUAUGAAUCAAAAAGCUGUUUGUAAGAAACAAAUCCAUCAUUAAAGCAUCAAAAGGCAUUAACUGAUUAUCGUGAUGUUUUUAGCAGAUCUGCUGGGAUGAGCAAAAAACACAUUUACAUUUUGGAUAGCCUGAGGGUUAUGACGUUUUCAGGAAAUUGCUAAUUUUGGGUGAACAAUUUUUAAAAAGAUAAGUAUUUGGCGCAUGUGAAUAUCCACAUGACUGCCAUGUGUGAAAAGUCUUUUUCCUGUCUUAAAAAUUCCUUCUGCCAAAACUGUGGAACAAUUUUACGGUAUGUGCGGCUGGAUGCUUUAGGUGUGCAUGUGUUCUUGCUAGUGUGUGUAUAUAAUAGUAAAAAUCUGUUUAUAUAGAUACAGUUUUAUGAGGAAAAUUCUUUUUUUAUGUUUUAUGUAAAGUCAUGGCCAAAAGUUUUGGCUAUGACAUUUUUUUUUGCAAAAGUUUGCAGCUUCAGUAUUUGUAGAUAAUUUUUCUAUGUUUCUAUGGUAUACUGAAAAACAGUGAUAAGCAUAUCAUAAGUUUUAAAGGCUUUUAUUGGCAAAAA